ACAGAAUGGCGGCGGUUCAGUAGUAGACAGUCGCGCGGGCAGCGAACACGCGCCCAGCCUCCGAGCGGCAGUCACUCGACGCGCACUUACUCACCGGCACGCGUGACGCGACGCGACGCGGCACCACUCGCGACACAUCCACACGCGCGCGGCUCUACCUGUGACCACCGAUCACUGACGACGGCGCACAACGUGGCCAAAUACCACACCACACUGUUUGUGUAGUAGCACCAUCUGCGGGCUGGCCGAGGUGACGCGCGCGGGAAUAUCGUGCAUAAAUAAUCGCGCUCAGCUGAUGUUGACAUAACACGCAUCCGACACACUACGCGCACACUUGACACCCAUUCUUAGAAAACCAGACCGGAACUUAAUGAGCGCCGACGGACAGAUCGGCCCGAUACCCCCGGACACUCGUGACUCAUGUAAAAUGACGAAAGUCAAGUUGAAGAAAUCCUCAAGGCCUGUUCUAACAAAUUAGAAUUCACAUUCAACAUUUGAGGAAACAAUAACAUAAAUAUUGUUCGAACUAUAUUAUAUUACAGAGUACAGACUGUAAUCGUGAACUGGUGUUUGUUUAUUUAUUUUAUGUUAAAUAACAGUACAAAAUAAUCUACCGAGCAAGGAGACUAAAAAGCAUCUCAAAAUACACUCAAGAGACUGAAAUUAGUAUUAUCAUCCAAAGAUUGCCUAAAUGCAGAAAUUAGCGCACCCUGGCUAAUAAAAUACUCACUCACGGUUUAGUAAAGCCUACUUUUUACUAAAACUGAGUCGCUAAUAGAGAAAACUUGUGGUAUCAUCGCACGGCAGCAAAAACAUAAAGAAGGCGUGGAGCGGCGCCAAGAAACUUUGGGUGUACAUUAGGACAAUUAAUCAUUUGGAGAAGGCCUUGUCUUGCCAAAAUUAGAAUAAUAAAAGGCGACCUUGACACGGGCGACAAUUCGUGGAGUGACGCGCUGUGCGGCGGUGCGGCGGCGGCGCAGACGCACGAGUCGCACGGUGCGCGAGCGGCUCGAGCGGCUCGAGCGUACGAGCUGGUGAUGCCGCUGUGAACGAUGCACUUACCGUACGAGUCGCGGGGCCGACGGCGCCGUGAGAUGGCUGACCUGGAGCCCCUGUGGCUGCAGUCCAUCGUCGAUGAGACGCUCGCUGAAUACCCUGAUCUCGUUAGGACCGGGAGUCCGGACUACAUGUGUUCAAUGCUGCCUCAGCACUGGCGGUCGAACAAGACCCUGCCGGGCGGGUUCAAGGUGGUAGCCCUUGGCGACGUGCUCGACGGCACGCUGGUCACCGUCAGGGCUGGCAACGACGAGAACUGCUCUGCCGAGCUAAGGAACAACUCCGCCGUCAUGAAGAAUAGGGUUGCCAAGUUCAACGACUUGAGGUUCGUUGGCAGGAGUGGGAGAGGGAAGAGCUUCUCAUUAACAAUAACAAUAUCAACAAAUCCACCUCAAGUAGCGACCUACCAAAAAGCCAUCAAAGUCACCGUCGACGGACCGCGGGAACCGAGGUCCAAAACUAGUACAAAUGCGUCCACCCACCAAAUACGAACGUUCGGGUUCCAGCGGCCGCUGCUGACGUGCGACAGCGCUUCGCUGGCGCUGCGUGACAUGGAGUACAAGGGCUCGUCUAGGAGCCUGCGGUCCUUGUCGCACGAGGAACGGGAGUACAAGACCAAUGCGAAUCUCACUACUGGAGAGAGCAGUGGCAACAUCCUGGGAGCCAGUGAAUGGAACACAGGAUACCCAUCAACAACCACCAUGUACCCGGCCUAUGGGCCAUUGCAGCCGUCGUAUUACAAACCUGAUCCAACGUUACACAUACCUGCUGUGUUACCCGAGCUGCCACUGGGACACGCAGAGUACGGCGGCUUCCAAUCGAGCACGGCAGGGUUCGUGAAAGGCAGCCCGAGCGGAACCAGCUCCUCCCUCACCGAGCUGAACGCACCAACCGCAAUGCCCACCCAGCGAUACGAUCCCAACUACUACAACUCCUGGUCUACAAACACCUACAACUAUAACAACUACCAAUACAACAACAUAAACAACAACCCCACGUGUAUACAAUCGCACACGCCCUACAUAAAUCCAAAUCCACAAAUGAUACUGCCCAACUUAUAUUCUACAGUCAACCAAAACCAAAUUCAUGUGCACCUUCACAGUUCAACGGACAAAUACAAUCUGGAACAAUGCAUACCAAGUGAGAUCAAAAUAAGCGAUAUCGACGGUGGGAUAUCGAUAACCACCGAGCUUCAGAGCACGGGUGAAGCCAGCGGGCUCGUACAGACUUGCGAGUCCAACGACGAAGUAAAACACGGACUUUAUGGCGCAGGCAGCCAAGAAGUGUGGAGACCCUAUUGACGUUCCGCUCCUUUUAUAGAUAAUCAUUCCAUUGUACAUAUUGUGAUAUAAUUAUUGUGAAUUUCUACUGAUUCUUAGUAAUAAUUGUAAAAAUUAGUUUCG